GGAUACUACAACCCGUCCGAAAUAAAUUAUUGGUAUAUACUCAAUGUUUGCUUAACGAUCUGACAGAUGGAUGAACGAACCAUAUACAACAGUAUCGCACCUAUCAAAAUUACUGCAAUUCGUGCUCUUAAGCUUGUUACUCUUCGUGCUGUAUUGACCGCCGACCAGGGAUCUCCAAAUAAGUUUGUGCUCCGCUCUUUUCCAGAUGUCACCGUGUGGCACUCCGGUCUUAAUGCCUGCCUCCGAUUCUCGGUAUCGUAUGUCCCUUGGUUUGCCUCCUUGUUUUUCACAUUGGGGAUUCCACGUUAAGUUUUACUUUGUGGUUCAGUUUGGUAGUUUCUGUCGUUAACUCUGUCCACCUUAUUUGUCUUUUCCUAAUUUCCUUCUCAGAUGGUGCUUAGUUUAUUCUCUACCGCAUUGAGUUAUUGUUGGUUGUCUGUGGUUAGUGGAUCAGGGUAUAACGUCUACAGCUUUUUGAAUACCUGCACUCUUUUGGUAGCGACCAAUCCAAUUCUCAGUUCCGUACAGUAGGACUGCUUUAAUAUUAGUGUUAAUAACUCUGACCUUAUUUUUGGUUGACUGUUCUUCUUAAUGUCGGAUAUUUCUUAGUUGUGAGAAUGCUGUCUUCCUUUGCUGAUCUGUGCAUUGAUAUCCACAUCAGAUUCUCCUUGUUUAUCUAUGAUGUACUCCAGGUACGUAAAAUCUUUUACCUCUUCCAGAGCUUCGCUAUCAAGUGCAAUUUGGUUGAUGUCGACUUUGUGAUACUUCAGGAUUUUACUUUUUCUUAUUUGAAUAGGAGGGUCAAAUCAUAUAGCUUCAUCUAAGCUACCCACAGUAUUCCGUGAUUUUCCUGAGCUGUAGAAGCUUUCUUAAUCCAGCCGGCAGUUGGCAAAAAGGGAGAAGUUGGGCGUAGGCACCAUUGUCUUCCACCGCGUGGCGCGUAUGUAUCUGGUGCCCCCUUGUACCAAUAUUUAUGUGUUCAGAUCAAUAAUAAUAAAUAUAAAGUCAUCACUUCUAAUUCACCUGUUAGCUGGCCUCGAUGCACAACUUUGCAACCCGGUUCCUCUUAGGAGUAGUGUUGAUCUUUUCAGGUACUCCAAAGUAUGGAAGAUUAUACGGUAUUUUUUCUACCCACUCUUUCAAGUGCUUUUUUACAAUCAAGGAAUUUGAUGUAUGUCUAUGAGUUCUGUUCAAAUGAUUGUUCCACAAUAAUCCUCAGUAUCGCGAUUUGUUCAGUAUAUGAUCGAUCUUUAUGAAAUCCAUUUUGUUGGUCUCAAGGUUAUGGAUCUACUAAACCUUUCAUUGACUUCAGCAACAUUGUUGAAAAGUGUGCCUGGCACUGACAAUAGUACGAUCCAUUUGUAAUUCUCACAUGAUCUUUAUUCGGUAUCUUAAUUUGGUACUCCUCUUUCCAGUUUAUUAGUACCUGUUUUUCCUCACAGAUCUUUCGGAAUGGAACUUGGAACAUUUAAAUUCCCUCAAGGUCUGAUUAUAGUACUUCAGUUGGUAUGUUGUCUUGUUCUACUGUUUGCCAUUUCUGAUUUAUCUGAUCGGAUUGUUAGUUUCUACUAUUGUUGGUGAGAUAUCAUCUCUAGAGAUAAUUGUGUGUGCUACUUCGAUUCAAAUAUCGGUUGCGUUGGAUAAAUGUAUUUCAGGCACUCGUUCAUCCAGACACAUUCAGAAUGAAAAGCAGGAGAGUGAAGAAAAGCGAAAAGAUGAGGCAAUUCAGUCAAUUUUCAUAUGAAAAUGCAAAUUCGAUACCAUCCCAACCUAUCAAUCUUCCCUUCUCACAAGUACAAUAUUCCUCUGCUGCGAUGUAUGAAGGAAGAGAAGAGGAUUACGAAAACGAACCACCUCUGUUGGAAGAACUUGGUAUCAACUUUAGUCACAUUGUACAAAAGACAUCAUCUGUCCUCCUUCCUUUUAAAGAAAGUUCUCAAGAAGUGCUUGACGAUACAGAUUUGGCCGGACCUUUGGUUUUCUGCUUGCUAUUUGGUUGUACCUUAAUGUUUGCUGGAAAAAUUCACUUCAAUUAUAUCUAUGGAUUAGGUGUAUUUGGUUGCUUGGGUAUUUACCUCCUGUUAUCAGUUAUGACGCCUAGGGGAGUUACACCAACUUGUGUCAUUUCAACAUUAGGAUAUUGCCUACUUCCUAUGUGUCUUUUAUCUUCAUUUGGGAUUGUAUUUUCUCUUAAAAGUAUACUAGGUGUCGUGUUGACAGCGACUGUCGUUUCGUGGUGCACAAUUGCUUCCAGUAAAUUGUUUGUUCGUAGUUUGGAUAUGCAACACCAACGCAUUCUUGUGGCGUAUCCAUGCGCCUUAGUGUAUUGUGUAUUUGCACUCCUAGUUGUGUUUUGAUUCGCUUUCUGUUAUUUAAAUUAUUGGAUACAUAGCUGUCAGAUUUACUGAUGGAUAAACUUAUGAUGACCUGUAAUAUUUAUCAUGCGAAAAAGAUACAUUUUUUCUAUUAAAACAUUCAUUAAAAAUGGACUUAUGUUUGUUUAUGAAACACUGUUAGAAAUAUACUGGGUUUCACUUGGAAUUAUGUGCCAGUAUUAAUAAACUGAUAUUGUUUUUAUUUCAGGUUGGAGAAAUUUAGGAUGAUAUGCUCUUUACCGCAGUCACCAGAAAAAGUAAUCGCUCUUGAUCGACUUGAGAUGACAGAGAGUGGGAGAGUUUAUUUUCUUUCCCGAAAUAUUCGCACACGACUGUGAAUUUAUAGCUUCUCUUUAGGAUGCCCUACUCCCCCAUGCUAACGUAGCGGGUGCAUUUUCGCAAUAGUCUUAUAUUAUGCGGAUUAUUGUAACUAUUCUCGAUGUACAGUCAAGUGUCAUCAUUACUGUCUAUUGAUUUGAUAUAAUCUUUUACUCAAUAAAUAUAAGCUCCACAUGGAUGACAGUUCAG